CAGACAUGAGGGGAUUGUUCUGGCUGUCUCUCCUGCUCACCCACGUGUGUGGGACAGAAAGCACAGAGAAGGAACUCAGCUGCCUAUCACAGCCACACAAGGUGAUCUUCCGCAAAACGGGACAAUCAGCAGUUCUGCCCUGUAUCGUCUCGAACUGUUCCAGUGUAAGUCUGCACUACCAGUGGUUUGUUUUUAGAGAAAAACACCAUCUUGAUCUCCAGCUGACAAGCAGGCACAGCCUGGAUGGAGCAUCUCUACAGAUCAGCGCGCUGAACGCCAACGACAGCGGGAUCUAUCACUGUGCCAUAACAUCAACAAUCACACAAGUAAGAGAAUGCUGCAGACAUCACGUAGGACGGGGAACAACUCUUGUAGUGAAAGAACAUCUGAAGCCCCAGCUGAGACAGACUCUUCUGUGGUCAACCUUCACCCUCUUGGCCAUCUUUAACCUGGCGUUAGUGGCAUUCAUUGUUAUAAAAAAGCAUGGCUGCAAAAUCUCCACUUGCAAGAAGCCCUCCAGAAAGGAUAAAGAAAACAGCGUGAGAAAAACAGCACAGUUUCGUUACGUGCUGCAAGAACUGCACAGCAGAGGGACCUUCACCAUGAGCAAACAAAGACGACGAGAUGAUUCUCGAGUUGAGGUAAACGUUGCGGCACACCGGGGUUGGAUUUACUCAACGCAGAGAUUGCAAAGAACUUGUGCAGUUGCACGUUUCCUCAUUUGUUUUAACGUCCUCCCAGGAAGCGAGCGGCGAGAACAUCUCCACUGAUGACAUCUACCAAAACGUGUGACAUGUUGCAGAGUUCCACCUUUCUGACUGAGAGGACAAGAACAAACGUCCAACUGAGGACAGAGGACAUCGGUGAUUUCACUCAUGUCACGAGACAUAUUUCUCUUCCAACCCUCAGCMUCAGCGGUGUUCCACAGCCUACCCCUCUGUCAGGUUUCCAGCCCACCUUUCCUUUCUGCCAACUUGUCCGUUCACGUUCAUUCUUGAGAUUUUGUUUUUCAGGAUUUUCUGCAACAGAGAAUUUGGAGAAUUAUUUGUGUGAAAGAAGGGUGUGCUUCUUUUAGUGACCUAAAUCCUGUUGUGUUCAUUCUCCUGGUUCAGAGGUGUGUUCCUUGACUUUGUAUAAGAAAACUGGACAAGUUAAUGAACAAAUGUGUGUUGCUUGUCAGAGAAAAUGCUCUGAUGAAUGCCUGAGUUUAUUUAGAUGUAACUUUGGAYGAGAUGGACUUUUUUAUUUUAUUUUUUUACUUUGGCUGACCAAUGAACCUUCCAGGCAGAAACAGAAUCUCUAAACUUAAGGGCUGAACCAGAGUUGUGUCAUCUCAUAUGGAGACAGACAACUCAACAAAGAACCUAUUUUAAACUGGCUCUUUAGGCACCUUAUUAAAAGGGAUCCCCGAUCAGUUGUAACAUCAGACUUUAUUUGAUAAACAUAUAUUUUAACUGUAAAAUAAAGACU